UUGAAUCCAUACGCCCAAGAAAGCCAGCCACAGCAUAUGGGACCAACUUAUGAUAAAGCACUUGCUGAGCCCCCGCAGAAGCCCGCCUUUUCUGCUUCCGCUGGUGCACGCUUCCACAACUUGUGACUUGUUGAUAAUUAGAUCCACUUGUUGCAACUAGCAGCAGCGGGUCAAGGAGAACGCAGGAAUAGUGGCAGGGCUUUCCAAAGGCGCGAGGAGUCGCUCCUUUAUCGAUAUAUUGCCAAAGCAAUAUGCGAUCGUAUCUGCUCAAGGCUCAAGUGGCCUCAUGUCAGUUUUCGCGCACGUCGAAGGUCUGGAGACUGGCGCCGGGUUCUGACAGACGACGGUGUCGGGGCCUCACUCGGACACCGCACUGCGCGGCCCCCACCAGCGAGCCCGCCCCGCCAUCCAGCAGCGGCAAGAGCGGGCAACGACCACUCGUGAUAGCCACGCGGCCAUCUAAGCUUGCAAAGGAGCAGACGCGGCAGGUGCAGCAGCUGCUGCUGGCGGCGGCGCAGCUCAAGGACGAGCAGCUGCAGCUGAGCACCCUGGAACUGGCGUCUAGGGGCGACACGACUCAGGGUGUGUCGCUGCGCAGUCUGGGCUCGGGCGCAUUCACCGAGGAGCUGGACCAGGCUGUGCUGUCGGGCGCUGCCGACAUGUCGGUGCACAGCCUGAAGGACUGCCCCGCCGCCCUGGCGCCCGGGCUGCUGCUGGCCGCCUGCCUGCCGCGGGCCGACCCCCGGGACGUCCUCAUCGCGCCCGAGGCCACCUCGCUGGGCGAGCUGGUGCCGGGCAGCCGUGUGGGCACCAGCAGCAGCCGCCGCGCGGCGCAGAUCAAGCACUCCUUCCCCCACCUGCAGGUUGUGCAGCUGCGCGGCAAUGUGGACUCGCGGCUGGGGCGCAUCCGCAGCCGCGACAUCGGCGCCACAGUGCUGGCGGCGGCGGGCCUCAAGCGGCUGGGUGUGAUGAACUCGGACGAGGGUGACACUACCGCUACGGUCAGCACCAGCACCAGCACCAGCACGAGCAGUAGCAGCUUUACUGGCACCUCGGGCGAGGCAGGCAGCAGCACCAGCAGUAGCACCAGCAGCAGUAUCAGUCGCGAGGGCUUCCGCACGAGUGUGCUGAGCACGGAGGAGAUGCUGCCGGCGGCGUGUCAGGGCGCCGUGGGGGUGGUGUGCAGGGCAGACGAUGAGUGGGUGGUCGGCCUGCUGGACGCCAUCUCGCACCGCGGCACGGCCCUGGAGGUGGCGGCGGAGCGGGCGUGCCUGGCAGCGCUGCUGGGCGGCGGCGGCGCGUGCCAGCGUUCAGCGUUCCCGGACAUUGCGUGGGCCUGCCACACGCGGCACGACCCCGACAGCAACACAAUGGACCUGGAUUGCCUGGUGGCGGACCUGGAGGGCAAGGAGCUCUUCAGGUACACGGAGUUCUACCGGCCGGUCAUUGACGAGGUGGACGCGGUGUCGCUGGGGUCGCUGUACGGCAGCCUGCUGCGCAUGAUGGCGGUGGGGCAGGGCUGGCUGCAGGAGGAGGACGAGGAGGAGGCAGCAGCAGCCGGGGAGGAGGAGGAGUAGGGGCAGGGGCAGGAGCAGGAGUAGGGGCAGGGGCAGCAGCAGGAGCAGGAGUAGGGGCAGGAGCUGGGACAGGGGCGGCAGCAGGAGCAGGGGAAGCAGGUAGGGGCUGCUGCCGAGGAGUGAGCGGGCGGUGGACCUUCGGGCCGGCCGUUGUGCGGGAGGUUGGUGAGGGUUGAUGGAGAGUUCAUGGUGAAGGUUGUUGGGGUGGCCGGGAAGCGGGCGGGGGCGAGCGCAAGUCGGACACGGGGACAGGCGGGGCGGCGCUCGUGCCUUGCCACGGAUAUGGGUGGGCGUGGCGGCAGCGGCGGCGGGUGUAGCUAGCUGGCCCCUGGCUGUAGUAGUACGUAUUCUAGAUAGAUUGGUUAGGGCAUUGAUUUGCGCUGGCGCUAGCCCCGACAAUUUUAGUGUGAAUAUGCGGGCUUUUUGCGCAUCAGGUGAAUGGUGACAAAGGCUGCCGGGUUUGCUGAAGGGCGCCGUAGGCUGCGCCUGCGUUAUUAUGCUGACGGUUGUAUCAUAUGUAUGCUUUUGGUUGUAUCCCGUUGCCGGGCUUUUUGAAAUCCGGGACACCCUUCUGAGGUUGCAUUCCAUGAUGGGGCUUGAAGGCCUUUGCAUGCGGGUGUUUUGCAAGGUGCUAUUGUUGGUUCUGAUGAGAGUGUCUUGGUGCUCGGCUUGUGUGACGGAGGGUGACGGGUGCCACCCCACCUGACUCAUGCCGUUCGACUCGUGUAUAAUAAGUGUAUGAUUACCGCUUUGGUGCUUCAACGUGUGGACCAUGUCUGGUAUAAGUCGGGCUCGCCAGGUACAGUAGAUUUACAUGGAUCGUUAACCCCGUCACGGCCUGCAGCCACCAGGCGCGGCCCCCUGUUGGCAGCUACCUUCCUCGCGGCAUUAGGUAUGUGCGUACGUGCGUGCUUAUGUACAGGAAAAGACGAAUAAUGCGAUACCGGCAUCUGUAACAGGGUUGAGCA